UUUUUAUAUUUAAUAUUCAACGCCUGAUCAAACACUCAUCCUCCGGUCUGACCGAUCCGCAACCCGUACGAUCCAGACCUUCCUUCCACCCAAAGUCUAAUUCUCCGAUCUCACAUCGCCGCCGCAAAUCCACCGGCCAAACCGCCCGCCCGCCAUGAGCACUCCAUCACUCUCAGGGAGCGCAGGUGCGUUCUCUGGAUUCACACGGCUAUGCAAGGGCUUGUCUGUGGUGCUUUUUGGAGGCCACAUUGUGGUUCAGCUUCUCCCCCAUGCCGUCGAUUACCUGGCUCUCAUUCCCGCCAGGACGAUUCCUUUUGUCUGGAACCUCAUAACAUCCGGUUACAUUGAACAAUCAGUAUAUGGGGUUUUUAUCAGCACUAUUGGUCUUCUUUUUAUUGGGAAGCUGCUUGAACCUGUGUGGGGUUCUAGGGAGUUCUUGAAGUUCAUCUUUGUAGUUAACUUCUUAACUUCCAUAUGCACUUUCGUCACUGCUAUUGCUAUGUACUACAUUACAAUGACGGAAUUUUACCUUUAUAUGCCUGUUUCUGGCUUCCACGGAGUCCUUUCAGGUUUGUUGGUUGGCAUCAAGCAAAUCAUCCCCGACCAGGAGUUGCCUUUAUUGAAAAUAAAAGCUAAGUGGUUACCAUCUAUCUCGCUAUUGCUGUCCAUUGCCAUAAGCUUCUGGACAGAAAAGUCAGCAACAUAUCUUCCAUUCAUAAUAUUUGGAACUUAUACGAGCUGGAUUUAUCUAAGAUUCUGGCAGAGGAAACCAGAAACAAAACUCAAGGGUGAUCCAAGUGAAGAUUUUGCAUUUUCUACAUUCUUCCCUGAACUUUUGAGACCAGUCAUUGAUCCUGUUGCAUCUAUAUUCCAUCGGAUGCUCUGUGGAAGAUCUGAAGCUUCCAAUGAAUCCCAAGGUUAUACCCUGGGCAGUUCCUCAUUGCCUGGAUCUGACCCCAUUGAAGCAUCUAGAAGAAGAGAAAGAGGUGCUCGAGCACUCGAGGAAAGAUUGGCAGCUGAGAGGUUGGCUGCAGCGCACGGUACAGAAGAGUCUGGAAGAGAUGCCGCAGAGAAUGUUUAAUUGCUUCGCGACUCAAGUAUCAGUUCCUAUCAAUCAACCGCCCAAAUGUGUCAUCUCCGUUGCAACUUCAGAGGUUCCGUGUUAUUUGAAGAGAAGGUUUUUCUACUGUUUUUCUCUGUUCCCGCUCUCUGUGAAUUCUCGAGGAUCCUUAAGCUGUGAAUUUCUCUGUGGACAAUGGUAUCUUUGCACAAUGAUUAAUGUGUGGUGUUGCUCAAAAUACGUAGAGUAGAAAUUCUUAAGAGGCAUCCAUAUCCUUGAAACAGUUGGGGCCAUUUUGUCAUGUUGUACAAAUACAUCUUUUAGCACAGAUACGUUGGUAUAACUUGUGUUUGAUCUCAAAUUUUUAUUAUAAAAACGGAAAUCUUUUUGCUCACCA